CUUUUUAGUUUUUAGUACCGCAUAGAAAAAAGCCGGAUCCCCGGCCAGUUAACCACCUCUCUUCUCUCUUUUCUCUCCUCUUCACACCCCGCGCGACUACUGUCACCGUUGCCUCCGGCAUCGGCGAGCCUUGACCGCCGUUAUUCCUUUCCGGCUGCCACUGACCUGAUUCCGUCACCGGUUAGAAGCGCUAAUUUUAUACUAUUUUUGAGCCAUGGCCUUGAGAAUGGUAACUGGGAAGUUGCGGAGCAAAUGGUUGCCCAGAUUCUCUGCUGCUUCUCUACUGCAUUCACAUGCCACCAGUUUUGGAUUUAAAGAAGUACAGGAAGAAGAAAAAAGUCGCAUGGUUGGUAAUGUCUUCAGCAAUGUGGCUUCAAACUAUGAUCUGAUGAAUGAUUUGAUGAGUGCUGGAUUACAUAGAUUAUGGAAGGACAGACUGGUUUCCAAACUGAAUCCAUUUCCUGGAAUGAAGCAUCUUGAUGUGGCUGGCGGGACAGGGGAUGUAGCUUUCCGAAUCCUGGAAGCCUUAAACAGUGUCAAACAUAGAGCAAUGCAAGAUGUUCUUGAAGAUAAUUUACAUGAAGAAACUGAGAUAUUCGUAUGUGACAUCAACCCCAACAUGUUAAAUGUUGGUAAAAAGCGAGCCUUGGAGAGAGGUCUUGGAGAAGACAAAUCCCUAUUAUGGGUGGAGGGGGAUGCAGAAGCCUUGAACUUCAAAGAUAAUUCAAUGGAUGGUUACACAAUUGCCUUUGGGAUUAGGAAUGUUACACACAUAGAGAAAGUUCUUGCUGAAGCUUACAGGGUACUAAAACGAGGAGGAAGAUUCCUUUGCCUUGAACUGAGCCAUGUGGAAGCUCCUAUUUUUAAGGAAUUAUACGAUUAUUAUUCAUUCUCCAUCAUUCCAGCCGUGGGAGAGCUAGUUGCAGGUGAUCGGGAUUCAUAUCAGUACUUAGUUGAAAGUAUUCGCCGUUUUCCCUCACAGGAGACAUUUGCUUCGAUGAUUGCAGAUGCAGGGUUUCAGAAGGUUGAGUAUGAAAAUCUUAGUGGUGGAGUGGUUGCCAUCCAUUCAGGAUUAAAAUUUUAAUGUGUCAUCAAUUCUUAUCUGAAAUAUCCCUACAGCUUGUAUACCUCACAGAAUUUCUGGCAGUGAAGCUUCAGUUCAUGUUUCCCUGUAUGAAAUACGACAGAAAGCUUUUUAGUUAGUUUGAAGGGGACUCUGUACGAGUGUCCAUUUGUUCAAAUUUCUGGAGAAAAAUGGGUUUAUCACUUAAUAAAGCUUGAUCUUGAUGGGCCGCUGUAGCCAUGUGGGUUGCCACGUGAUGGUGGGCACUUUAA